UUUUCAUAGAGAUUAUCUUCAGAUACCAAUGAAAAUAAAGUGAAGUCAAAUGAAGAACCACUCCUCAGAAAGAGUUCUCGCCGAUUUGUCAUCUUUCCAAUCCAGUACCCCGAUAUUUGGAAAAUGUAUAAGCAGGCCCAGGCAUCCUUCUGGACAGCAGAAGAGGUCGACUUAUCAAAGGAUCUCCCUCACUGGAACAAGCUUAAAUCAGAGGAGAAGUAUUUUAUAUCUCACAUUUUGGCCUUUUUUGCAGCCAGUGAUGGAAUUGUAAAUGAAAACUUGGUGGAGCGCUUUAGUCAGGAGGUACAGGUUCCAGAGGCUCGUUGUUUCUAUGGCUUUCAGAUUCUCAUUGAGAAUGUUCAUUCAGAGAUGUACAGCUUGCUAAUAGACACUUACAUCAGAGAUCCCAAGAAAAGGGAGUUUUUAUUUAAUGCAAUUGAAACAAUGCCAUAUGUUAAGAAAAAAGCAGAUUGGGCCUUGCGAUGGACAGCAGAUAGAAAGUCGACUUUUGGGGAAAGAGUGGUGGCCUUUGCUGCUGUGGAAGGAAUUUUCUUCUCGGGAUCUUUUGCUGCUAUAUUCUGGCUAAAGAAGAGAGGUCUUAUGCCUGGGCUCACUUUUUCCAAUGAACUCAUCAGCAGAGAUGAAGGACUUCAUUGUGACUUUGCUUGCCUGAUAUUUCAGUACUUAGUAAAUAAGCCUUCAGAAGAAAGAGUCAGGGAAAUUAUUGUUGAUGCUGUUAAAAUUGAGCAGGAGUUUUUAACAGAAGCUUUGCCAGUUGGCCUCAUUGGAAUGAAUUGUGUUUUGAUGAAACAGUACAUUGAGUUUGUAGCUGACAGAUUACUUGCGGAACUUGGAUUCUCCAAGGUUUUUCAGGCAGAAAAUCCCUUUGAUUUUAUGGAAAACAUUUCUUUAGAAGGAAAAACAAAUUUCUUUGAGAAACGAGUUUCAGAGUAUCAGCGUUUUGCAGUUAUGACAGAAACCACAGAUAAUGUCUUUACCUUGGAUGCAGAUUUUUAAAAACCUUCUCUUUUUGAAAGCCCUAAAACCUGUCAUUUUUCUCUGCUUUUUUUUUUUUACACUUGAAGUACAUUCUUUAAGAUAAUGAGUGUUUGCUCAAAAGGAAAUCCAAAACCAAAUUCCAAUUCAUUUCGAUUUAUAUAAUUUUCCUGUUUAACAACAAUAAUGUAACCUAAAUGCUUUUGUUUUGUCACUGGAAUGUAAGAUGGCAUUGUGUAGUGGUUAAGAGCAUGGAGUAUGAUGUCAGGUUUAAGUUGAAUGUUCUGCCCUCACACCUUUGUGUGACCCUUGGCAAGUCAGUUGAUCUCCGAAAACCUCAGUGUUCUUUAAAAUGGGAGUAAUAAUAGAUACUAAAUUCAUAGAGUGGUUAUGAGGGUUAAGAUGCAAAAAAUAAGUACUUAGGCAAUACUACUACUAUUAGCACCACUACUAGUUAUUGUUAUUAUUAUGUAUAGUGUUAAUUGCAGUGAUGUUCUGAUAAAAUGCACUAAUCUUCUCAAAGUAAUUGUGAUUCUAAGUGUUAGGCUACAGAACUAGAUUUUUGUAUUUUUAAUGUUUGGGAAAGAGUAUAAGGAUUUCCUUAAAAAGAUCAUAAUUCUCUUUAACAUGAGAGGAACUUUUUUGAAUUCCUUGGUAUGUGGUAAAGAAAGUUUAGUUCUUAGUUGCUUUGAGAAAGAUAAAUAUGGAAUGGAAUCCAGGAAGUUAUCAUGGUAGUUGGCCUUGUAAAUAAAAUGAUUUGUCUUCUUUAGAAA